GGCAGGCGGACUUUGUUUUCCUUCGUUGCAGCAACUGCAGCAAAUAUGCAACAUCCACAGAGAGGAAAAGCAGAGCUUCUUUUGCUGGGUUCCCUCUACGGACCGUCCGGCUUGGCAGGCGGCAGAGUGUGAAGAUGCUGUGGCACUUACUUUCCGCGCUCCAGGAGGCCUUGUCUCUCCCCGUGGUUCUGGUGUUCCUGGCUACCUUCCUGCUCCUUGCUGACUACCUGAAAGGGAGGCGCCCAAGGGGGUUUCCUCCAGGGCCCAGGCCUCUCCCUUUCCUGGGGAAUCUUCUGCAACUUAUUGGUGAACGGCCUCAUUGUGUUGCAGAAAAGCUAAGAGAAAAAUACGGCAACGUCUUCAGCCUGCAGCUUGGAAGCAUGAAGAUUGUGGUUGUGAGUGGGCUGCCACUGGUGAAGGAAGUCCUUGUCCAUCAAGGUGAAAAUUUUGUAGAUCGUCCAGAAGUGCCACUAUCACGUGAACUCACUGGGUCAUUUGGACUGAUCAACUCUAAUGGGCUCAGCUGGAAGCAGCAAAGACGCUUUGCCUUAUCCACUUUAAGAAACUUUGGUUUGGGCAAGAGAAGCUUAGAAGAACGAAUACAGGAGGAAUGCAGAUACCUAACUGAUGCCAUCGAGGAGGAGAAAGGACAACCAUUUGACCCCCAUUUACAGAUUAAGAAUGCAGUUGCAAAUGUCAUCUGCUCCAUCACUUUUGGAGACCGUUUUGAUUAUUCUGACAGUAAAUUCCUGCAGCUAUUGCACUUGAUUGAUGAAACUACAGAACUUGAAGAAAGUAUUUGGAUCCAGGUGUACCAAGCCUUUCCAGCCCUCAUGAAAUACUUGCCAGGAACCCAUCAGACUGUUUUUAAAAACUGGAGACUUUACAAAUCCUUUGUGCGAGAAAUAAUUGACAACCACAAAGAAGACUGGAACCCACAUGAAACGAGAGAUUUCAUUGAUGCUUAUCUGAAUGAAAUGGCCAAGGAAGACGCUGCUCCCAGUUUCCAUGAGGAAAACCUGCUACAAUCUGCACUGGAUCUUUUUGUUGCCGGAAUAGAGACAACUUCCGCAACGCUCCGCUGGGCUCUGCUGUACAUGGUGCUUCAUCCAGACAUCCAAGCCAGAGUCCAAGCAGAAAUCGAUUCCGUGAUUGGGCAGUCGCGACAGCCGGCAGCGGAGGACCGGGAUCGUAUGCCCUACACCAACGCAGUCAUUCACGAAGUCCAGAGGAUCAGCAACAUUCUGGCUAUAAAUGUGCACCGGAUGACUACAAAGGAUACAACCCUGGCUGGAUUUCACCUGCCCAAGGGAAGCAUCAUGAUCACCAACCUGACCUCCGUACUGUUUGACAAGGAUGAGUGGGAAACACCUGAUGUGUUCAAUCCUGGCCAUUUCCUUGAGAACGGCCACUUCAGGAAAAGGGAAGCGUUCAUCCCAUUCUCUAUAGGGAAGCGAGCGUGUCUCGGAGAGCAGCUGGCCAGGACGGAGCUUUUCCUUUUCUUCACUGCUCUAAUCCAGAAGUUCACUUUCCAGGCUCCAGAGAAUGUGACUUUAAGCCUCGACCCGAGGGUGGGCUUUACAUUGGCUCCUCAGCCAUACCGGCUACACGCAUUCUCUCGCUGAGAAAGCCACGUUAUCCUUAGCC